CAGGGUCACAAGGCCGAUAAAAUAUUCUCAACGUCACCUUCGAUUGUAGUUUCUUUUAGACCUUUUAGACGUGAACAUCGAUACAAAUGUCGCCAGAUAUCGAUAUGAAAGAACCUAAAGACGAAAAUAGCAGCAAAGAAACGGAGAAGAAAUCUAUAAAUUGGGUAGCCGUUUUGUACUAUCUGUAUCUUCAUCUUGUGGGCAUCAUUGGUUUAUAUAUUUUAUUCACGAAAGCAAAAUGGAUGACAGUUUUCUACCUUUCAUUUAUCGUCACAAUCGCUUUCAUAGGAAUAACGUCGGGUGCUCAUAGAUUGUACGCACAUUCGACGUUCGUUGCAGUAUCACAACUUAGAUUUUUUCUCGUAUUAGCACACACCCUCGCAGGUGUGGGAUCGAUAUAUAAUUGGGUUUUUUGGCAUAGAAUUCACCACAAAUUUUAUUGUACCGAAAAGGAUCCGUAUAAUCACAAAAAAGGAUUUUUCUAUUCCCACGUAAUCAGUAAUAUUUUAUCGGCACCGUCUGACUUAGAGAAAUACGCGAAGGACAUCGAUAUGCGCGAUGUAGAGGCCGAUGGAUUCGUAUGGAUACAACGAAAGUUCUAUUGGUUAUUAUUCAUCAUUUUCGGAGUUCUACUGCCUAUUAACGCACCAAUAGAAUACUGGGAUGAAUCGUUCAUAAACUCAUGGCUGAUCAUCGGUGCAGCGCGAUUAUUAAUAACAACGCAUAUUUCUUGGCUAGUUAACAGUGCAGUAUUGGUUUGGGGUUUGAAGAUGGGAGCCAAAUUUCCAGUCGAUGAUAAUUCCGUCUUCUUUCUUAAUAAAUCGUAUUGGCUGAAUUAUCAUUACGUGAUACCAUGGGACUACAGAAACGAUGAAUUCGGCACAUACAACAAAGGUUUUGCAACAUUUUUCAUCAAAAUGUGGCGCGAGCUUAAUUUGAUCAAUGAGAUGAAGAGUAUUUCUAGCGAAGAUGUGCGAGAUGCUCUCCAGAAGAUGGCUUCAAAAAAAAUGACGAUGAACGAGAUCUUAGCGGAGUUGAAGCAGAAAGCGGAGGAAGCCGCUUACAAACAAAAAUUAACGUACCAUCACUAAGCAAAUUCACAAAGUAAUUGUAUCUAUUUAGGAAAAUUAAACAAAGAAAUGUUCAACUAAAACAUAUGAAUUUUAAUCACAAGAGUAAACAUCCCGAAAUUUUAUACAACAUAUUUAUACACAUUUAUACACAUAUAAAACCGACAUUAAAUUAGUGUACAGCCAUCGUUCCUGUAAUAUUUAAUAGAAUUUGAGCUAAACUAUAAUCUCGUGUAUUAUUUGAGAAAUAUAUUUAAGAUACAUCAAAUGAUA